UCGUCAUUUUAAUGCCGUUGUAACAGAUUUGAAUCGAGGCGCGUCAGUCAAAAGUGGGACCAGUGAUAAUUCCUGUUGUAGUUUGUAUUUGUCGUGUGUUUGUUUUGAUUGUUUGUGUCACCGCGCGGAUUCACACAGCAAAACACUAUCCGCUUUCAAACUGGUUUCGUUUUCCUUCUGGGUUGAAACAGCUGCCAAAAACGACAAGUUAAAACUGUUGCGUUUGAACGAACGGCGGGGAGAAGAAGGAAGAAGACAUUUUCCUGUUUUUCAAUUUUCCCCCAAGCCUCGCUGCACGUUGACAUUCUAUCAUAGCAGAACCAACAUGGACGUCAAUCUGGACGGCCUGUUCCGCCUGAACUCCAGCUACGACUACGGGGACGACUACGUGUACACGGACGACGACCUGGAGUCCCGAAGGGGCCAGGCGGUGUGGAUCCCGCUGGUGUACUCUGUGGUUUUGGUCAUCGGCCUGCUGGGGAACGGACUGCUGCUGGCGUUUCUGGCGCAGAAGAAGCGAGCUUGGAGGACGUCGGACACCUUCGUCCUCCACCUGAGCGUCGCAGACGUCCUGCUCCUGGUGACGCUGCCCCUGUGGGCCGCCCAGGCCUCGCAGAGCUGUGGAUGGUGUGUGGGGCUCGCUCUCUGCAAGAUCAGCGGGGUUCUUUUUAAGCUCAACUUCUUCUGCGGGGUUUUCCUCCUGGCCGCCAUCUGCUUGGACCGCUACCUGUUUUGGGUCCACGCCAAGCCGCUGUUUUCCCACAAGAAGCCCAGGAUGACUCAUCUCAGCUGCGCGUGUGCCUGGGUCUUCUCCCUGCUCCUCACCCUCCCCGACUGGCUCUACCUGACGCUGGAGCCCCAUCCUUGGAAGGAGGAGUGGACCCGGUGCGUUCCCAGCUUCUACCCCGCCGACACGCGGCUGGCGUCACGCCUCCCUCAACACCUGUUCGGCGCCGCCGCCGCCGUCGUCGUCGGCUGCUCGUGUCUGCUGCCGUGGCUCCUGCGCCCGCCAAGGAGCCUCCGGAACCAGCGGGCCGCUAUCAUCACCCUCGUCCUCGCGGGCGUGUUCUCCUUCUGCUGGGUGCCGUACAACGUCGCUCUGGCGGUGGACACCUUCGGCGGCGCCAAGAAAACCUCAUCCGCCACGAAAACCUCCCUGAUGGCCACGGCGGCGUUGGGCUGCGUCCACGCCUGCCUCAGGCCGCUGCUCUACUUCGGCGUGAGCGCGAGUUUCAGGACGUGGACGCUGGCGGCGCUGAGUUGCGCAAAAGUUGAACCCGAGGGGUCGGUGUGGGGGCUGGGUGUUGGCGAGGACGCCGUGCCUGAGCGGAACCCGGAGGAGGAGGAGGAGCUAAAACAGGUGGCCAAUGGGGAGCAGCAAGAGCAGUCAAAAGUGUCCUCAUGUGACUCAUAGCUGGAUUGAUUGAGUUGAACGUGUCAACAAGGGAUGUUUGUGUCAUGCACGACGAGGAAUGGGUAUUUAUAGAAAAUGACUUAUAUUGCCACUGUUAUUUAUUUAACCGCCAUUUUUGUUACAUUUCUUUUAAUGGCUUCAUUUGAACUGUUGUAGUUGCUGCUGUGUAACAAAGAAGGUCAUUGUCAUACUCUAAUAUCCGCUACUUCGGUUUAAGAGCAGGCGAGUCAGUUUAUUCUGAACAUUUUCUGUGUUUAUAACUGGGGAUGUCCGAUAAUAUCGGGCUGCCGAUAUUAUCAGCCGAUAAAUGCUUUAAAAUGUAAUAUCGGAAAUUAUCGGUAUCGGUUUCAUAAUUAUCGGUAUCGGUUUCUAAAAGUAAAAUGUGUGACGUUUUAAAACGCCACUGUGUACACGGACGUCGGGAGAGGUACAUGCGUGCGUGCCAUCCGAGUCACAUAAUAUCUACCGGCUGUUAUCAUCACGAAUUAAUGCAAGGCAUACUUGGUCAACAGCCAUACAGGUCACACUGAGGGCGGCCGUAUAAACAACUUUAACACUGUUACAAAUAUGCGCCACACUGUGAACCCACACCAAACAAGAAUGACAAACACAUUUCGGGAGAACAUCCGCACCGUAACACAACAUAAACACAACAGAACAAAUACCCAGAAUCCCUUGCAGUGCUAACUCCUCCGGGACGCUACAAUAUAAAAAAAAAAAAGCAACAAUGAGAAAAAAAAAUAUAACAAUCAAAUAGGAAUAUAACAAGAGAAACUAGGCAGUAGUGACCACGUUAUGAAAAAGUAUUGCACUGUUUUUGUUUUGAGGCAUGUUAAAAAAAAAUAAUGCACUUUGGUGACUUCAAUAAUAAAUAUGGCAGUGCCAUGUUGGCAUUUUUUUCCAUAACUUGAGUUGAUUUAUUUUGGAAAACCUUGUUACAUUGUUUAAUGCAUCCAGCGGGGCAUCACAACAAAAUGAGGCAUAAUAAUGUGUUAAUUCCACGACUGUAUAUAUCGGUAUCGGUUGAUAUCGGAAUCGGUAAUUAAGAGUUGGACAAAAUCGGACAUCGGCAAAAAAGCCAUUAUCAGACCCCUCUAUUCAUAACUGUACUGUAGUCUAGGUCCGAAUUAAUUAAUGGCAUUUAGUGUCAGAAGCCUGCGAAAACUGUAAUUCCCAAACUUCACCACUAGGUAGAGCAGUUGUGGUAUUUUGUUUAGUCUGAUGUACAAACCCCAAACCACUGAAGUUGGCAGGUAAAAUACAAUAAUUUGCAAACCCUUUUCAACUUAUAUUCAAUUGAAUAGACUGCAAAGACAAUAUAUUUAACAAUCGAACUUAAAAAAACUCAAUUUUUUUUGCAAAUAUGAGCUCAUUUUGGAAUUUGAUGCAUGCAACAUGUUUCAAAAAAGCUGGCACGAGUGGCAAAAAAGACUGAGAAAGUUGAGGAAUGCUCAUCAAACACUUAUUUGGAGCAUCCCACAGGUGAACAGGCUAAUUGGGAACAGGUGGGUGCCAUGAUUGGGUAUAAAAGCAGCUUCCAUGAAAUGCUCAGUCGUUCACAAACAAGGACGGGGCGAGGGUCACCACUUUGUCAACAAAUGCGUGAGCAAAUCGUCGAACAGUUUAAGAACAACAUUUCUCAACCAGCUAUUGCAAGGAAUUUAGGGAUUUCACCAUUUACGGUUCGUAAUAUCAUCAAAAGGUUCAGAGAAUCUGGAGAAAUCACUGCACGUUAGCGAUGAUAUUACAAACCUUCGAUCCCUCAGGCUGUACUGCAUCAAAAAGCGACAUCAGUGUGUAAAGGAUAUUACCACAUGGGCUCAGGUACACUUCGGAAAACCGCUGACAGUAACUACAGUUUGUCGCUACAUCUGUAAGUGCAAGUUAAAACUCUACUGUGCAAAGCGAAAGCCAUUUAUCAACAACACCCAGAAACGCCGCCGGCUUCGAUGGGCCCGCGCUCAUCUAAGAUGGACUGAUACA